GAUCAAGAAAAGAUAGUUUUUAAGUUUUGAAGAGAUAUUUAUCGGAACUUUCUCAAGAAGAAGUAUAACGAGAACUCUGCACUACAAGUUUUGUGCUGCUGCCCUAUGCCUGUUGGAAUGCUUGAAAUUGUGCUGUAAUUAUAAAUAUUGAGUCAUGUUUAGUUUUUUUUUUAUUUUGUAUUCUCAAGCCUCAAACCAUUGCCUGUGGAAUCUGAAGAUGUUUCAGGUUAUCUCAAAAUUAAGGAUAUGCUCCAGGCAGAUAUGCUUUGGAGAACAGGAAUCCGAAUGCAUGAAUUUAAUGGCAUGAAUCGUACUGAUAUGGAUGCUAUGGAUAAUUGUGCUGGACUGGGAGUGCUGGAGCUCUCCCAAUUUCAUGCAUGCUUUGCUUUGAAGCUGCAACUGACCAGGGUAUAUUGAGGCAACUGACAGCAGAGGUCAAGGUCACUGCUACGGCGGCAGCGGAUUUGCUGCGCCUGGUCGUCCAAGCACCUCCAGUUCGGCACAAUUCUUCACAUACCUAUGGCUUAGGUACAUGUCAAAAUAGCUUCAAAGCUAAUCAUGCAUGCACACUGAAGGCCCAAGCAAGGAUGAGGACUUUACUUGUACAAAGUGUCAAAUAGUCAUGUAAUUCUUUGGACCAGAGUCAAAAUUCAGAGCCCCAGCAACAGCCUGAGCCUGCUGACAUAUAAUAGAGCAAUAUGUAGUCAGUGUAGAAAAUCAAAGCAUGAAAAACCAGUUUUCCAAUUAAAAAUUUCAGUCCAUCAACUUUGGUUUCUUUUUAAGAAGGCAUAGCAAGCUAAAGCCAUGCAGCAUAUUUUUUUCUGAAGUUCAUGCACUUACUUGCCUUUCCAUAGCAAAGAUCUGCCAAUUUUUCAUGGGUCCUCACUCCUCAAUGUACUGUAUAAUUCCUAUGUCUUGGUUUGUUUGUAGAGCAUCAUAUUUUUAUUAUUGUUACUUCAAUUAUUAUCAAUUCAUAAUUUAGUUAUUUUUCAAAAUUAUGUGUGCCCUAGGGCACAUUUAAUUCUCAUACUCAGUAGAUAUGCAGAAAUAGCCAUGGCCAGUUCAAGUGAUUGAGUGAUGUGUCAGGUCCAGUUAUGGAGGCAUCCUAAAACUCUUUUCUCAUUUUUGACAGCUCAGAAUUUCAAGAUUCUUUGGUGAGAAUUAGGGCCUGUGCAAAAAGUUCCAAGUGCACUGUUAACUGUGCAGGUUCUGGACUGAUGAGCCUGCUGACAAUUGAAAUAAAAAAGUACCUAACUAUUAUUGCCUAGAAUGUGCUGACUGCUUAACCAGAAUGUAGAAUAACAGGCAAGGGUUUUUAACUUGUGAUGAGAAGAACAUAGUUCUUUUGAGAGCACUCUGUCUUGGAGUUUAUAAGGAUUUUGUUGAGAGUUGAGGGUGUAACCAGAUGAGCUAUUUUUCUCUUAUAAGGAACAGUUGAGAAUUUCGGGGAAUGAUUUUGAGCGUUUCUGCACAUACAUUUUUUAUAACCAAGCUUUUUGGGAACAUUAGAGGAAGCUGUUGUAGGUUUUACAAAAAGAAAUUAAGGUGAAACAUCUACUGUUUUCUUUCUUUCAAUGCUCACGUUGUUUUUGUUUCAGUUUGACCAGGUACCACUGCUGUGACGAUGCCUGGCCGCGGAGCUGGUCGGGGGCGAUCAGCCCCAGCCUGGGGCGGCGCCGGGCGGGGACGGCCCGCUCCUGCCUGGGGCGGCGCCGGACAGAAGCAGUCGCAGAGGCCCGCCGCCGUCCCCGCCGAGCCUACCCAGAGGCAGACGGAGCGGCGGUUCGCGGAGGCGUGCGCGCAGAUCCGGGCGGCCUCGGAGAAGCACGUCAGCCAGUAUCAGCUGUCCGACUCGGAGGACGAGCAGGAUGACGUGGAUGACGACACCAGGGAGCAGAUCCUGGGUCGGCUGUGUGACCGGUACGCUGCCGAUGACAAAAGUGCGCUGGGAAACACGUCCGAAUAUCUUCAGCGAGCGCUAAAUGCGGAGGCGAACACAUGCCUUAUCUGUAUUGGCUCCGUUAAGCGUACAGACCCGCUAUGGUGCUGCUCCGGCUGCUGGGUGGGCUUCCACCUGCACUGUGUUCAGACGUGGGCGCGCGACAGCAUCAGCCAGCAGCAGCGUCGGCUGGAGAGUGGCGACGCCAAAACGGAGGUCCUCCAGUGGCACUGCCCCAACUGCCGGCGCCCGUACGGCCGGGACCAGGUGCCUAGUCGGUACCGCUGCUACUGCGGUAAGACGCCCGACCCGCCGCCCGACCCGUGGCUGCUACCGCACGCCUGCGACCAGCGCUGCGAGCGACCGCUGCGUCCCGAGUGCGGCCAUCGCUGUCUGUUGCAGUGUCACCCAGGCCCGUGCCCGCCGUGCCCUGUCACGGUGAGCACCCGCUGUCACUGCGGCCGGUCAGGACCCGAUACCCGGCGCUGCGGAAACAAGGUCUGGUCGUGCCGGCAGCCGUGCGGCCGGACACUCGACUGCAACACACAUCCGUGUACGGAGCUGUGCCAUCCGGGCGAGUGUCCGCCCUGUCCAAAGACCAGCCGACAGCCGUGUAAUUGCGGACAUAAGACGGAGCUAAGGCCGUGCGCCUCCCCGCGCUGGCAGUGUGAGAAGGUGUGCGGCCGGCCGCUGUCGUGCGGCCACCACCGGUGUGAGCGUGUCUGCCACUCGGGCGCCUGCGGCCUCUGUGAGCGCGCCGGGCCGCGGCGCUGUCCGUGCGGCCGUACAGAACUGGAGGCGCCCUGUCACCAGGAUGUGCCGCCGUGUGGGGAUACCUGCGACAAGUGGCUGGCGUGUGGCGUACACCGGUGUGCCCAGCGCUGCCACACGGGCGCCUGCGGACGGUGUUUGCAACUGCGAGUGAAACGCUGCCGCUGCGGACGGAAAGAGAAGGAGCUCGUUUGCGACAAGGAGUUCACUUGUGACAUCAAAUGUAAACGACUGAAGGACUGUGGCAAGCACACCUGCAAUAGAAAGUGCUGCACGGGCGACUGUCCGCCCUGCGAACUGAGCUGCGGCCGGACGCUGCCGUGCGGCCAGCACAAGUGCAGCUCGCCGUGCCACCCGGGCCCGUGCUACCCGUGCGGUCAGACGGCCGAGCUGCGCUGUCCGUGUGGCGCCACGCGGCUGACGGUGCCCUGCGGCCGGCAGCGGGGCGCCCGGCCGCCGCGCUGCCGCCAGCCGUGCCCGGCGCCCACCGACUGCCACCACCCGGCGCGGCCCCGCCACCCGUGCCACGCCGGCGACUGCCCGCCGUGUUCACUGACCUGUGGCCAGCCGCUGCCCUGCGGCCGCGGUCACAGCUGCCCGCAGCCCUGCCAUGACCGAGUCCAGCAGCGCUUCGUCAGCCAGAAGAAAGCGGCCACGCCCUGGGAGAAAACGGAGGACCGGGUGGUGACGGUCAGCCUGCCCUGUCCGCCCUGCCAGGCCCCCGUGUCGACACCCUGUCUGGGUGCACACGCCGAGUAUCCGAUGCCGUGCACGGAGGCGCGGCCCCAGUCGUGUGGCCGGCCCUGUGGACGGCUACUGCUCUGCGGAAACCACCGCUGUCAGCAGCCCUGUCAUACGGUGGAGGGUGCUCCGGAUAGUGAGACGGCUGGCACCACUUGUGACGUCUGUGAGGCGGCCUGUAGCCGGGACCGACCACCGGGCUGCCAGCACGCCUGUGAGCGCGGCUGCCACGCCGAGCCGUGCCCGCCGUGCCGGCAGCACCGCCGCCUGCGCUGUCACUGUCAGCUGGGGGUGCUCCAUGUCCGAUGUCACGAGCUGAGCGAGGCAGACGAGCAGCAGAAGGAGCGGCUGCUGUGUUGUGGCAACCCCUGCCCGCGCACGCUGGAAUGCGGUCACCGGUGCGCCGCAGUGUGCCACCCGGGACCGUGCCCUGCCCCCGAGGGCGGCUGCGCCACGCGUCUGAAGCAGCGCUGUCCGUGCGGCCGGCGGGCGCAGACCACGGCCUGUCGGGAGCGGGCGCCGCCGCCCGACUGCGACGACAAGUGUCGGGAGGUCGCCCAGGCCAAGGAGCAGGAGCGGGCGGCGCGCGAGGAGGCGGCCGCCGCCGAGGAGGCCGCCCGCCAGCAGCAGGCCGUCGAGGAGCUGGAGCGAAAACUGACCGGCGGGAGGCGAAAGGAGCGGCGCGGCCGGCGGCAGCAGACGGCAGAGCCCGAGCCUUCCUCGGCCGGCCGCUGGCUGCUGCUGGCCGCGGCUGUAGCCGUCCUGGCCGUCACCGCCGGCCUGCUGCUGUACCAGUGAGACGGUCAGCGCGGCGUAUCCUGUACCACUGAGACGGUCAGUGCGGCGCCCUGUACCAGUGAGCCACUCAGCAGGGAAUCCUGCUGUACUGGUCAGUACGGAGUGCCCUGUAUCGGUCAGCGUGGUUCGUGGGGCUCCCAGUUACCGGUGACUGGUGGUACCUUUAAAGCACUAUUAAUUGUUUGGAUACAGCCCGGGUUGGAUAUGCUGUAUCAGCACCUUCCAUUGUAGCCCAGCUGAUCCAGUGUUGUGACACAAGGGACUGAUUUUAGGCCAAUAGCCCUUAUUUAGUAAGGCGUGGACAUUGCAUUCGAAUCAUGACUACAACAGUGAACAAACUGAGCUGAUAUGGUCCCAUUUAUUGAUGGGCGGACCACUUUAAGGAUUUCAUUAUUUCGAGUUUGUGCCCGAUAGUGGCUCGUAUCGAUGCAAAAUGCAAAUGGUGCACGGGUAGGGGAUUGCCCAUUGGACCUCUGGAGAAUCGUCCUUAGGUGCUGGUGCCGGUCCCUAGGAGCUGCUCACUUACACUACAUGACAGGGUCACUUGGUCAGUGGCUGUCUUUGUUAUAAUUUCAAAGUUUGGUUGCAGAGUUACAUUGUUGUGCAUUUUACGUUAAUAUUUAAGUGUUAGUUUGGGUGUUAGCGGGUUUUGUUGCGUUGUCUUUACUCUGGGUUGUUUUCUACUUUGACUGAGCUUACGGUAUAUUGGCUAGUUCAUCACUGUGUCGUCACGAACUGGCCUGAACGUUCCUUGGCAUACCGGGCGGCGAUUGUGGUCUAGUAGCCCUGCACAGGUGUAACUAUUGGAGCAAUCUGGGAAUGUUUUAUAGGAAGGGUUGGUGAUAGAGGGUGCACAGAACGGGGUUCAGCUAAAGAUAAUGUGAUUUGGUGUACAGCAUCUGAAGUGCUUUGCAUUGGUGAUCGUUUGUUCCGCAUUGGGCAUGAUCCCACGGGCGGACAAGUGUUAAAGGGUUGUUGGGCUGGACCGGUAUCUGACCAGAUUGGGUCAGUUUGGGCUGGGCUGUGAUAGUGGGUUGGUCUCCCGGCAUCACCGAUAGUCCAGCUCUGGGGUUUGUCCCAUCCGAGCUGAAUGCACCACUCUCACUGGCCCCUGCCGGGAGGUGUGUACAAUACACCUGCACACCGCUGUUA